AUGGGAGGAAGACGCGCUUACUCUGUGAAAGAUGGAUGGCCACUUCGAGAGAAACAGCCAGGAGACCUCCUGGAGAAACCAAACGAAGAAGGCCUGCAGACGGAAGCGACGGUGCAGGAGCAGAAGCCAGCGCCAACUGAUUUCUUUCCGAAGGCGAGAUGGCACACUCCCUUCACCUCCAGUCGCGACACCAAGGGUGGAACGACAAGCCCGUCCGCCUCCCCUCCAGGUGCAGGGGUGGUGCGCACGCCGGCGCUUCAGUUGCUGUCGGUGCCGCCCCUGAUGCUGUUGCCGCUGCUACUCCUGCAGUCCUUGCUUCCACUGGUGGUGCACCCUCAUCAUCGCUUGAACCGCAUGACCAAGCGUCAGGCUGUGUUUGUGUCCGUCUUCGUCUGGCUGUUGGUGAUCAGCCCUCGGGUUCCUAUGCUGGCCUACAACCACAUCAAGGGCAGUGGGCAGCUAACCCAGUGUCUGUUUUUCACCCCUUUUAAAAAGCCGUCCCCAGCCAUCCUCAUCCUGGUGCGAAUGCACCGUAUCCUGACUGUCCUGGAGUUCAUCUUCCCAUUUGGAAUGCUGCUCUUCUGCUCCAUCCGCAUUUCCACCGUCCUGAAGAAACGACGGUUUGGGAAACGGCUGAAAGAGCAAAGAGCCAUGCGAGUGUGCAUCGCCAUCGUCAUGGUGUUCCUGGUGUGCUUUUUGCCGACCACCAUCACGACCCUGGGCAUGUGGGUCAUCCGCUCGUACCGGCCGUGGGACUGCUCGGCCUUCUACACCUUCACCCAGCUCACCAUUGUGUCUUUCGGGCUGAACUUCCUGAACUCGGCUCUGGACCCCAUCAUCUACGUCUUCUCCAGCUCCAUGUUCAGGAAGGCCCUGAUGGAGGCCCUGCCCCGUGCCCUGAGGUGUGGCCAGGAGGAGACGACGGGCAAGAACAUUUCAACAUGUGGGAUUGUGCUCCCAAACACAACUAGCCAAGAAAACUAGACAAACCCACUUUAGGCACUUUCGACAGAGAACCAUGCCAGUGCACAUUCUUAAACUGGGUGACAUUGUGACUGCAAGUCUGAGCGUUCAGGAACCAGAAUGUGACAACAUUGUAGAUGUGAGCAGGUUCAUCCGGGUAACAAAUGGUUACAUACAGAAAAGUUCAGUGCGCUGAACGGGUGGUUUACAAGUAGGCACUUUCGUCCUGAGCGUAAGUGUGGUGUGGGAACAGGAACAGGCACUGGCCCUGUUGUGGUCGGCCUGAAAACAGUAGCCUUCUAGUGGCACACAAUAACUUUGCCAGGUGGGUUGGUGCAGCAUCGUGCCAUAGUGUAAUAUUGCUGAUGGGCCAUGAAAUGUGCCCUCCAAUCACAGCACUAUCUACAGUAUGUACAGUUAGUUUUUUCUGCUGUUUUCUGUUUCAUUAAACUUGUUCCUGAGUUGUCGUGUGUGCAAUGAUAUACUGAAUAUUUUGGACA